UACAUUCAAGACAUGCCUUGAAUGAUAACUGUCACAGUUGCCAGCGUGCUUCAAAACACACUGAAUGUAUGAUCUACUGCGGGUGCCAAUAUAAUCCCAACAACACCCCAAAAACACAGAUUGCAAAUGGAGUUAAUUUGUCUGCACCGGAUCGCAUGGUACCAACAGUACCAUGCGGUCCGGUGGAGUGCGUUUUCGAAAAGUUGUGCAUGCACUUUUGUGUGACAAUCAGGGGCGGACUGAUCAUUUGGAAACUCGGGCACUGCCCGAGGGCGCGGGGUCAGUAGGGGGCCCCAUGAGAUGCCCCUGGUACCUUUUUCAUAGGCUUUUUUGAGUUUGGGCAAGGACAUAGGGGCCCCAUGAUCCCCUAAUGCCUGGGGGCCCCAU